AUGAAUCACACCCUGAGCGUUUGGGGAAAGAUAGAUGCCUUUCUAGGCUGGUUCUCAGUUGGAGCGGGAGUCGUCUAUGCUGCGAUAUUCGGGUGGUUUAGAGGUCCAUCUGGGGCUGACAGCUACCACCACCAUAUUGUACAGGCGGCAACGAAAAAGAUCACCAGACGGUUCACCCCGCUUCAAAUCCAGUAUCUUUUCCCGUCGUAUGACCAGCUAUACUUGGAUUAUUGCAAGAGCGCUGGGGUUGAGCCAAACUUUGUAUCGAACGACCGUGGCUUGAAGGGAUUCUGGAUCGGUUCUCCGACGGCCAAAUACGUGGUGAUCAACUUCCAUGGCGGAGGGUUUGCUAUGGAUGCCACAGGUCCUUACCUCGACUUUUGGCCGAAUGUAGCAAAAGAACUAUCCGACAACGAUAUCACUACCGGCUGGUUCAAUGUUGCCUAUACGCUGACGCCGCACGCAACAUAUCCCACGCAGUUUCGCGAGGCAGUGGAAGCUCUGCGAUACGUUCUCGAGGACCUCGGACGCUCACCCUCAGAGGUUAUCCUUGUUGGCGAUUCCGCUGGUGCCAAUUUAUGCCUGGCUAUUUUAUCCCACUUGUCACACCCAUCUCAAGACGCACCAGAACUGACAAACACCGAGCCACUCAAAGCUAUCGUACUCAUGUCACCUUGGAUCUCUUUUCGCCAUGAUUGGCCGAGUAUGAAGACCAACGGACACAAAGACAUCGACGCAAGGGAAGUCACGGAGAGGUGGUCAAGAGACUACUUGAACGGGGUAUCCACGAACUACUACGCCGAAGCACUUGAAGCGCCUGAAGCGUGGUGGGAAGAUGCUCUGGUAAAGCAGACUCUUGUCCUGGCUGGGGCCGAUGAAGUGUUACUGGAUUCGAUCACGGCUUGGGCUCAAAAGUUCUCCAAAUCGAAUCCUGAUACCACCCUGAUGAUUGGUCAAAAAGAGUGUCAUAUCGCGCCUCUCAUUUGGCCCCUUUUUCACGACAACCACGAGACCCAGCAGGGACUCGCUCUGAAGGGUUGGCUGUGCGAGCGACUGCGUACAUAG